CCCCCCGCGCUCCGCCCGCGGGCCCCCGCUCCGCGCAGAGGAGCGGUGAGCUCCGCGCCGUCUCCGCGGCAGUCGGGCCGCAGCCCCGCUGACAUGGAGUGAGCUGCGGAGCCCCCGCGCCGCUCGGCCCGGCCAUGGAGCUGAGGAGGUCCAUCUCGGCCAGCGCGGAGGCCGAGAGACCGAUGAGGCGCUACGGGGCAGUGGAGGAGACGGAGUGGAAGGCGGAGGCGCUGGGGAGAAAUCAACUUGACAUCAUUUCAAUGGCUGAAACAACAAUGAUGCCUGAGGAAAUUGAGCUUGAGAUGGCAAAGAUCCAGAGACUUCGGGAAGUCUUAGUCAGAAGAGAAUCAGAACUCAGGUUUAUGAUGGAUGAUAUCCAGCUGUGCAAAGACAUUAUGAACCUUAAGAAGGAGCUGCAGAGUUUGGUAGCAAUCCCAGAAAAAGAAAAAACAAAGAUGGAGAAACAAAGAGAGGAUGAAUUGAUUCAGAAGAUCCAUAGACUGGUACAAAAAAGAGAUUUUCUUGUAGAUGAUGCAGAGGUGGAGAGACUACGAGAGAAGGAAGAAGACAAAGAGAUGGCUGAAUUCCUUCGCACCAAGUUAAAACCCUUAGACAAGGCAACACAAUCUCCUACCAGCAGCCCAGCAGAAAAGAAGGCAGAACCUCCUCCAAGCAAGCCCACCAUUGCCAAAGCAGGAUUGGCCAUUAUUAAAGAUUGUUGUGGGGCCACACAAUGCAACAUCAUGUAGCUCUGGGCUCUUUACCAUGUUUGUCUUUUCAAAUGUUUUCAUUGAAUGAAACUGUAGGGUGAGGGGAACUAACUGCAUCCUGCUAAUGGAGUCAAGAGCAACUGGUACAACAGUAAUAUAUGGAAUGUACAAUGGCAGGUUCUUCACUGUUGCAUGGAUCACUCAACACGCAUGCCUAAAACCAAAAGAAAUCUAUAUAGUGGCUGUCCAGUGACCAGAAAAGAUCUGUACUAGAGUCAACAAAAACACCACAGUGAUAAAAGUGAAUGAAAAGAGGGUUUAUUUCAUCCAGUAAGGUGUAAAACAGCAAUUUUAAUAUGCCAUCACUUUGUAAGAAUUUGUUGUACACUUUCCCCCUCUUGACAAACAGCACUCAAAAUUUGCUGAAAUAUCCCAUUUUGGCUACUUUUCCAAACAAAAGGAACAAGUAGCAAUGCUGUAUAUAAUGCAACUGAUAGAUGAAGCAACUUUAGGAUUACUGAUGUUGCAUACAAAAUACUUAGCAAACUAGUGUGAUGUUCAACUACUUUGCUGUGGAGUUUCACUUCCAAUUCUUCCUAAAGAGUGAGGAUCAGUGACAAGGAUGCUGCAAGUAAAUGUAGAUUUUUAUAUCCCGUAUGAUUUCUUAAUUACUCAAGUCAAAUGGAUAUUGCUUGCACCAGGGAAAGUAAGUCUCUGUUAAAGCUUUAGCAAGCACAACUACAGUGAUCCUCAAAUAGAUGAUGCAGUCCAAGGCUGUGUCACUUCUCUUUAGAUCUCCACUUCACAUGGAGUCAGAGAAAUAUGCACCCAGAGAGUUUUCUCCACUAUUAGAAGUUACAUGCACUAUGAGAUUACCUAUCACUGGAGGUUACUGGAAGGAGAGUGGAAGACAAUUUAAUAUUUAAACAAUGCUUAAAACAACUAUUAAUUGCAUAUUUCAUGACCAUAAGAAAUAUAAGCUCUCAAGCAUAGGAAGACAGAAGCGACCCAAGACAAAUUGACUAUAAGACAAACAUAGAAGUAAGUAUUUGUGGUAGGAAGAUCACAUUCUACACAAAAUGGAUUUAAAAUUAAGGGAAAUACAGAAAGACUUAUCUGUGUUUCACCAUUAAAUGUGUUUCUGGUCUCUAUGCAGAUUAAGCCUUGUGGAAUCUAAUAUCUUUAUAUUAGCUGUCAGUAGCUGGUUUGUCUGUGUGAUGGUAUUCCAUAUAAAUGUACUGUGAUAGGUGUAAAUAGUAAAAUAAAUGUACAUGGAUCUAAUGUGAAAAUCUCAGGCUUAGAAGUAACAAACAGAUAGCAAAGAGUUCCUAAAAUGAAAUUUUUUCAAGAGGAACUUCCAUUUUGUGAAGCCAGCUAAGUGAAGUGUGCUCUUAUAUACAAAGGAACCACAGUUACAGGAAAGGAGAAAACAAACAGCAGUUACCGAAAAAGGAUGAACAGUAAUAUUUUUUAUAGAAAGUAUCUUAUUAAGGUUCAAGGAGAUAGACACCAACUAAAGUAACUCAGACUAUUCUUGUACAAAUAGAACCUAAUCCCUAGCAUUAGACUGAUUCAAUGAAGAACCUUUGCAUUUCCAGAACCAUAUGUUUCAGUAUUGCACACUCACUUGAGAGAAAGAACCUAUGUCACUAUGUUCCUUAAGGUUUAUGGAUCAAGGAGGGAAAAACACAAAAAGGUUUCCACUAAGACUUGAAGCACUUUAAUUACUUUGACCAAAGACAUGGGAAAGAGGACAAAACAUGAAUAGUCAUAUACAAUUAUUGCAUUCUUGUUGAUAUAGACAACAUCACAUUAAGCUCUGUAGCUGUUAAUAUCUCCUGUAUCUGAUAGGGGUUGGGCUCUGUGGGCACCUGUGUACAUUUAACAGAGUUACAGGGAAAACUGCUGUUAAGGGAGAACACACACUGGAGGGCAAGAAUUACCCCCUGGCUUCUGUAAAGUUCAGGAGGCUCUUGAAUUUGCCGGUACACAAUUAAGACAUCAGCAAUUAUCAGUAUUUUAAGGUAGGAGGCAGAUGUUGGAUGCCACUAAAGACAAAUGGAAGAAAAAAAACCUGUAGUGAAGCAUCAAACUUAAAGCCUUAGGAGGAUCAGCUGUUACAACCAAGUGCUGUGAAUGCUGGUAAGUAAAGGGUUCUGAAGGACUUUGCACACCGUUUUUGUAAGGCAAGAAGUGACUUGUGUGCAUUAGUGUUUAAACCAGGCUGUACUGAUGAUCGGGAGGAUCCCCACAUGCUGCACAAAUCUCUAGUCCCUUGGGAAGAAUAGUGAAAUCAGUAGAAUCCAUUUGCAUGAAAAAAAUUUCAAUAACAGGAAAUGGUGCUAGACAUUUCUGGGAUGUGACACUCAUGACUAGGCUACAGAGCCCCCUCCUUUAAUUAAAAUGGAGAAAGACACAGCAAGUAUGAAUGCGUAAUACUGACACACAGUUAGCACUGGUAGCCAGUGCCCCAAAGGGACUUGGCUUUAGUGAGGGGCUUUAACUUCCAUGAUCUUGCCAACGAUGCACAUUAUGCAGUCCCCAUAUGUAAAAAUCUUUAGGUGGCUACUUCAAGUAAUCAUUUCAAAGCUGAUUUUUGCUUAUCUGUUACUGUCAGCAAAGAAGGAUAUCAGUUGACUGAAGCACCCAAAAUCUCUUUUGGAAAUCCUGGCUGUUUAUCACUUCAGAAAGAAGGCAAGGCAUCAGAAAAUGAAGAAAACAUAAGGUGGAUUUGACACACUAUUUCCUCUGUGAACUGGUAACCAUGGCUAUAUUCACAAAAGGAUCUUGGUCUACUGAGAACAAAAGUGCUGAAGUGCUAUUUGUACUAAUCACCAUUUCUACCAGCAAGUGGUUCUCUUGUACCUUCCCCUAGGUCAAAUGAAUCUCUUCAGCAAAGUUAAACGUAUUUCCAAAUAAACUAAGCUGCUGUGUUAUAUUAA